AUGGAUAAAGAAAACCACUCCCUGGUGACUGAGUUUAUCUUUAUGGGCAUCACUCAGGAUCCUCAGCUGCAGAUCAUCUUCUUUGCAGUCUUCCUCAUUGUCUACCUGGUCAAUGUGGUGGGGAAUGUGGGCAUGAUCAUCCUGAUCAUGACAGACACUCAGCUGCACACACCCAUGUAUUUUUUCCUCUGCAACCUCUCCUUUGUCGACCUGGGCUACUCUUCAGCCAUUGCUCCCAGGAUGCUGGCUGACUUCUUAACAAAGCACAAAGUUAUCUCCUUCUCCAGCUGUGCCACUCAGUUUGCUUUCUUUGUAGGUUUUGUGGACGCCGAGUGCUAUGUCUUGGCUGCCAUGGCCUAUGAUCGUUUUGUGGCCAUCUGCCGACCCCUCCACUAUAGCACCCUCAUGUCCAAGCGAGUCUGCUUGACCCUCAUGCUCGGAUCUUAUCUGGCGGGUCUUGUGAGUUUAAUAGCACACACUUCCCUCACCUUCAGCCUGAAUUACUGUGGUUCCAAUAUCAUCAACCACUUUUUCUGUGAAAUACCACCGCUCUUGGCACUCUCUUGCUCAGACACCUACAUCAGCGAGAUCUUGCUCUUUAGUCUGUGUGGUUUCAUUGAAUUCAGCACCAUCCUCAUCAUCUUCAUCUCCUACGCCUUUAUCCUCAUCACAAUCAUCAGAAUGCGCUCAGCUGAAGGCCGCCUUAAGGCUUUCUCUACCUGUGGGUCUCACCUUACUGGCGUCGUUCUCUUCUAUGGCACUGUCAUGUUUAUGUACCUGAGGCCAACCUCCAGCUACUCUCUGGACCAAGACAAGUGGGCCUCUGUGUUCUACACUAUUAUCAUCCCCAUGUUGAAUCCCUUGAUCUACAGUUUGCGGAACAAAGAUGUGAAAGCUUCUUUCAAAAAACUAAUUGGGAAAAAGUCUCAACGAUAA